AAGGUAGAUCUCUAUGUGAAAAGCAAGAUAUAAAGCAUGAGAGGACUCGUGGAAGUUCAGCCAACUUUCCCGCAAGAUUAUUUUUGCGUGAUACAAAUUUAAAUAUUCAAAGCCAAAAAGAUGAGAUGAUCAAUUGCAAUCUCAAUCAGCAUUUCAUGCUUUGUUUGUGAUCAUGGGUUGACAUGUGAUACUAAUAAGAUAAAUAUAAAGCAACAAGCAAAAUGUGCACUGUCAACAAACGAUGCUUACCGACUUCAUAAAUUUUAAUUCCACUAAAUACAACUCCCUCCCUGAGGUCAAUGUUGCCUCUGGAAUCUUACAACAACACUCUAACUUCGCCGAACUCCUUGGAAAAAUCUAUUCCCUUACCAAUGCACAUUCCAUUGAAUUGGGAGUUCGAUUAAUCCAUCGUCAUAUGCAAGUAGACGAAGGGAAAGUCAUGAUCGAGAAAUUCCAGUUCCACCAAAACGCACCGGCCUUCAUCACCUCGGCUGAUUUUCCAACUGACCAAGCUUAUCCUGCGAGUUGGUUACUUGAGGACGAUGGCAAAUUGACAGUAUUCGAGUAUUCCACGGAUAUUUUGGUGAAGCGUACCCUCGAAAAACUUAUCAAGGAUCCAAGUAUUUUCGUGGAGAUGUGUGAUUUAAUCAGGGACUAUCACUUUGAGAAUUUACUUGCACCUUGUAUCACCGCACGAGAUUCAUUGAAACAUUUUGAAAAGGAAAACGGAUUUAUGGAGACGACUGAUUUUAAAUCCAAUGCUAGUAUUGUGAAGAAUAUGAAAGAUUCUCAGAUAGUGGAUGAUAAAAACGCAAUUAUUAAUACCAUGUGGGCGUAUUCAGUGAGCGAUAAUUGCUUUGGAGGUGAUAAUCGUUGUGUUGGUCAUUGUAAUGCUAGUAAUCAUUGUAACUUCCAUUGUAAUAAAGAUACUCAUAGUUGAGCACGUGUUUCGGAUUUAUUAUUUAUCAUGAUUGCGUUACCUCAAUUCUCGCUUACAAAUUUUAUUAUAUGCUUUAUCCUAAAAUUUUGUGAUACUGGUUAUCGUUUAAUACUGUAAUACUAUCCGUAAUAGUGGGGGUGGUCUACCAACAAAAAAGCUCGGACACGUGAUAUAAAGUGUGGCGUCUAAAUUUUGAUUGGUUGAUCUUGUGUAACAUUUAACUAAUAAACAUUCGCGAAAAAAUUCACUAACUAAAAUAAAUUUUAAGUUUUAAAUAGUUUUAUUGUA